AUGUACAUUAAUCAAUACAUAAAUAUAGAUAAAUUGAUAUUUUAUCUAUCGUGUAUAAUCAUUGGAUGGGUACUGUUUUGGUAUAUCAUUUUCAAACUAACUGGGUUCCAUCUUCUGACCAUCACUAUAAACAAUGGGAUACUGUUCAAUGGAAUAUCAUUUCAUACAAAACGAUAUCUAAUAUCUAUAGGGUCAUUGAGAUUUAGACUAUGGGGUAAUAGUAAAAUGACAAUCAUCGAUGACUUAACUAUCAAGUUGAUGCCAAAUGCAAAUAAUAACCAAAAGCAACAUUCUCAAGAGAAACGCAAUGACCAUAGUUUUAAAGAUCCUUCUGCCCCAGUGGUCAAUAUAUUCCCGCAAAAUAGAAUUGGAAAAUCUGUGGUCUCCAAACUUAUUCGACACGUACCAAAAUUGAAUUUGGAACUAAGACAGACCUCUAUCAUCACUCCAUCGCAGAACAAGACUAUAAUAGAGUAUUUAAAAUUUACAACAACUUCAAAAUAUAGUAAGCGUUCUAAUGAAAAAAUCACGUUUAAAGCUGGCCUUUAUAUUAAUAACGUACUUCAUCAUUUAAAGACACAAGGGGAUGUUAUCAAACCAUUUCAAGUUGGGGGAGCUGGUUUUGAGACCAAGUUUCUGAUUAAUUUUGAAACCGGAGUAUUGGACGAUUUAAGAACCAGAGCGAAUAUCAACGACAGUGAUUUUCUGGUGUUUAAUGCAAUCAAAUAUUAUUUUAUCCUUCAGGAUUCACAGGAAAUAGAAAAGAAUGAUAACAACAAGCUGACUCUAUCACAAGCAGAAAUAGAUGCCAAACAAGAGCAUAAGCUACAACGCUUGGAAAACGCUUUCAAGGUAAUACACGCCAUUGUUUCAGAGAUCAAUCUCCAUAUUGAAAAUGUGAAAAUUUCAGAAAUUCCAUUUGUUACUAUGGAAAAUAACCCUGAUUUCAAAGAGUACUUUAAUGACGUUAGACCUGCAACCUGCUUGGAAAUGAUGACAAAAUCAACAUCUUUUAAUUUUUCCAGAAUGUACUCUGAUGCUGCUGGAUUUGAGGUGUUAUUCAACUCCAAACGAGACAGACCAUAUCAUUUAACUUGUUCUGUUCAACUAUUGAAAGUCUUUUUUGCAUCAAGAGUUGUAUUACCUACUGGUCAAGUGGACAACAACACUGACGAAAUAAUAAAUGUUCCUAAUUUUGCAUUGACUUACAAGACAAACAUACUAGACCAAGUGGUAAGAGCAAGGGGCUUUAAGAAUUGUGUCGUGGAAAUUUAUUUUUCUGCGAGCACCCCAAUACUUGAUUUGGAUACUCAUCAAUUAAGUUCAUUGCUCUAUAAUUUGGUAUUAUUGAAAAAAUGGAAAACUAUCAAAAAGCUUAUUAAAGUGCUAAAGACGACACCCACGUCAUCCUCUGACUCUCCUGAUGACGACUUUGAUGAUAGUGAGAUGUCAAAAUUGGAGAUUCAUCCUGGCAGCCCACAUCAUAAGGAAAAGCUCAAUGCGAGAAUAUGGAGAUACCUCACAGAUUAUUAUCCACGCUUGGAUAUCAAGACGGUAGUUGAGCAACCACGGUUAGUCCUUCGACAUUGUGAACCUAAUAAGAAUACACAAAUUUUAACAUUUUCGUAUUCUUUGUUAAAUUUCACAUUAUCAACAACAGAAACAAGAGACUAUACGUCAAGCUGUCAGUUAUUAUUACCUUUGAUCACCUACUAUGAAAAGCCAUUCUCAGACGUAUCAGACCUUCAUGGCAAAGAGCUAGUUACAAAACAAGUAGCACAUACAAGUUACAUUGAUAUAAAACUUGAAAUUUUCAAGAAUUUAACAGUAAAACUUUUAGUUGAUGUCGAUAAAGUGACACUUGACUUGACAAACCUUGAUAUUUUCACUGGAAUUCAUAAUUUAUUACUUGAUGUUACUCAAAUCGCAGAGACAGAUCUUGAGGUUGGUGUUAUCAACAAAAUGUUGAAUUUACAAUUUCUUCAAUUACGUCACGAACUACAACUUCGUCAACUGUCGUAUUUCAAAAAACAGGCAAAACCCACAUUAGAGCAGAAAUUGUUUAGAUAUUUGCCCAAAUGGCUAACUAGAGUUGAUUUAAAUGUGACAUACCUUAAUAUUGCAUUGGGAUCCAGGUCAGUUUUGAUACCCAAAAAGGAUUUAUCGAGAACCGAAUCCCCUGAAUUUGAUUUUGAUUUUGAUGAUGACCACGAGUUGAAACAAAUUGACUUUAAAUUUGACUCCUUAAGCAUUGGUGUUGCUAAGAAUUCGCAAAAAAGUGGAGAGUCAACGCCAUCAACAGUCGCGUCUUGUGCUUCACUGGAGACUUUAACUAAUCUGAACAAUGACGCCGUUUAUUGGGUGGUCAAUACCACUCUUGAAAAGUUGAAGUUGUCAGCACUCACAGAUUUGAAUGGUAAAUUUAGUCGUCUUUUGGAGAUUCCAUCAAUCAAGACCAAUGUAAGCGCCGUUUUUGACUAUUAUGGAAACAACAAGCUUAUUACUGAGGUGAAAGUGGGAAACAUCUUGGUUGAUUACAAUAGAUAUAAGCUAUACACUCUAAUUGGAUCCAUUUACCUUAUCAGAGAAUUUGUUAUAGCUCCUAUCAAACUCAUUAAAUCCAAAUUGAAUAAAGAUUUGACUAAAUUUAAUAACAAUUUGUCCCCUGAUCCUAACGCCGUUCACAAAUCCCCUUCAAUCUUGGAUUUUUUGCACUUGGAUUUUAAAUUAGAUUAUCUGGAUAUGAUUUUAUGUUUAAGUAAAGAUUUCAAGGUAAGGUUGCAAUUAAAAGCAAUACAAGCUGCUUACCGGGAUAGAACUGCCGAUUUUUCCAUUACAUUUUUGAGGGGACUUGCCGAAUCACCGUUAGUGGCAAAUAAAUGGUGUCGUUUACUUUGUUUGGAUACACUCAAAUUCAAAACAGAGAUAUCAUCUUCGAUUAAGGAUUUAAACAUUGAACUUGAUUCUGAUGCUGUUAGAUUUAUACAACCCCAUCAAUUUGUUGUUUACAAGUUUUUCGACAAUAUUUCCAUAACUGUUAAGCUUGUUAAGCACUUAAUUGCAUUGUUGAAAGAUGAAAGUACCAAAAAAGAUUUGAAUAUUGUUCAUCCAAAUUUACAAAGGGCAAAAUUAUUACCAUUUAUUCGCUUCAAAUCGAAAUCAUUGAAAUUUAGUAUGGAGGACGACCCUUUUGAAACAGAAUUGGGAAUGAUAUAUCAAUUAGGUAAAGUUGAACAAAGAAAAAGACUCGAGCUUUAUAAUUUGUUUGAGACCAAAGCAAAUGCUAGCCAUGUUGACACCGAAGAUUAUUUUGACAACUUGAGUCGAUUGAAUCGCACUAUAUCUAAUUCUUGGAUUCGUAAAGUGAAUGUCUAUAAAAGUAAAUUAAGAAAUGAAAUUAUUGCAAACAAAGAAUACUUACUAGGAAAUGAAGUCAAAUUAGAUGAAUCCUUGAAUGAUGAUGUGGUAACAUAUGUAUAUGCACUGCCAUUAUUCUCAGUUUACAUGGAUAAGUUCCAAUUAGACAUUUCAAAACCGAAAUUCAAUAUCGAUGAAGUCGCCAAUUUUAUAUACGAUUUUGGCCAAGGUGUACCCAAAAACACCGAAUACACUUUAUUGAUACCCAUGUAUAUGGCGCUACAGUUAGGAGAAUUGAGAAUGCAUCUACGAGAUUAUCCUUUGCCUUUAUUGCAUUCCCCUCGUAACAAAGAUAUGGAUGAGACAAGUUUCAAAUUGAAUGGUCAUUUGGUGAUAACUGAAGCAUUCGUAAAAGCUAUAGAACAUAUGAGACAAAUUGAUGUCCCCUUAGUACCAGAACACAAAAACAAACAUAAACAGUUGAAUAAAUUCGAGUCUUUGGUUAUGGAGAAAACCUUGGCAAGCGUUAAAUUGUACACAGAUUUAGAAUGUGUUUUUAAUUCAAACUAUCCAACAAGAAUUGUUUGGGGUGCCUCUUACAAUUUUGGCAUUCAACAGAUGAUGGCAAACUUUGAUCGGUUUUCGAAACCGCCGGUGGACCCAUCCACUAAAUUGGGAUUCUGGGAUAAGCUAAAGUAUAUUCUACAUGGUAAAUGUCAAAUCAGAACCAGGAAGAGUUUGGAAGUUGCAUUUAAAGGAUCAAGAGAUCCGUAUGAUCUAUUCACAACUGCUGGUGGGUUUGUAUUGUCAUUUAGAAAAAAUGUUGUUUGGGAUAUUAACAAAAAUGAUAAUUCGAAAAAUUAUUUCGAUAUUACUGCAGAUAAAUUAUCUUGGUAUAUUCCAAAUUAUUUGGCAGGGCCGUUAUUGGCAUGGACAAGAAGUAGUAAAAACUCAAUUUAUUUACCAAAUUCGCCAAAUGUCGUUAAUUCUUGCUUUGCAUAUUAUCUUCAAGAUUUUACUGGUCAAGCUGAUUUUGAUCAUGCGACUCGAGUAUUUGAGAGAAAUGUGGUCAACCUUAGUGGUGGAAUUCAUUUUCAAGUUGGGUUUUUACUUGAACGUAAAGAUACAAAUGGUAAAAGAACCGAUGAAUUCAAACCUCAUUAUGAAGUACAGUUGUUUGAUCCUAAAUAUUGUGAAAAAGGUCAUGAUUCUUAUGCAGGGUUCCGAAGUCAAUUCAUACACAUGGCCAUCUCAUUAGAAUCGACAAGUAAUUCUAGUUAUAAUACAAUUCAUCUCAGUCCUGGUACUUUCCAACAAUUUUUUGAUUGGUGGAAGUUAUUUGCUAGCAAUAUGCAGCUACCAGUCAGACGAGGCAAGAUGUUUGGAGAAGCAAAAGAAUCGGUUAAAUUUUCACAACAUUUAUUCACAAAUAAAUUUUCCUUUACGUUAAAGUCCUUAUUUAUUGCCCAUGUUUAUCGAGACGAAAUUGUUGAUAUCAACAACGAUAGAAUAGAAUGUAUUGGAUUAAGAGCCAAAGUAGAUGAUUUUAUGGUUGAUUUGCAUCAAAGAAAAGAGCCAGCAACACUUUACCAUGAAGAGUUGUCCAAGAAUGAAAAAGUGAUGAAAAUGAAUUUUGAUUUGGGGGAAGUCGUUUUAUCAGGAAUAGACUUACGUGUAAUGCAUGUUUCAUUCCUCCAAAAUUUAUACACACAAUCACAUUCCAAUUCAAGUGACACUAAAUCAACUUAUAAUAUUUACGACAAUGAUCAUCGCUGGUUUGAUAUUAUGGAUUUCCAAGAGGCAUUUUUAACUUCAAUUAAAGAUUGUGUCAGGACCGUUGACAUUUAUCCAUUGAUGUAUUUACAAAGGUUCUUUUAUGAAAGGGAUACACAUGGUGGUAAACCCGAAAAUGAGAAUGCUUUUGGGAAAGAAGUUAUCCAUAAAUGUAAUUUGGGUGCUAUGAAUCCCUUGGAAACAAAGUUGAAUGUCUUGAAUAAAAGACUCAACGCUUUACAAGAGCAAGUUAAAAAAGUGUCCAAAACGUCUGCCCCGGAACCUGUAGCAGAUUUGAAGAAACGAAUUUUGUUUUUGCAAAAAGAAAUUAGUACCACCAAGGCUGGUGUUAAAUCCAAAAUGCGUCGUACAUCUACUUUAAAUGGUAUGAAUAAUAGUGAGAAUUACCAUAACAAGUUUACAUUCUAUAACAUGCUCCUUAAAUGGAAUUUCAAUUGUCGGAAUUUGACGUUGAAGUACAUACAUUUUGUGAAAUUGAAAUCACAACUUCGAAAAUACUUGUCACACCAGUCAAUUGAAACACUAGAGAAAAUGAUGGAUAGCGUGAAUGCAUUUAACGAUAAAGAUGAUUUGUCAUCUACAUCAGAAAUAAUCCGUCGUUUUACACUGGAAGGAAUUAGAUCACAGGCAUCUACUAAUAAAGAUAUUACUUCACAACAAAAACUCGACAAUUUCAACACAAUACUACGAGAAACGAGACCCGAUGAAAAAGUGGUUGAGGAUUACUUAAUUGACGUGAUUGCACCUCAAAUUCAAUUACAAAGUGAAGAUUACCCUGAUUCAGUUGUGCUCAUUUCUACACCAUCUAUUAAGGGUAAAAUUUUGUCUAUCAUGGAUUCCAAGAAUAACGCAAAUCAAAUAUUAUUAGAAACAAGAUAUGGUAUUUUACUUAAAGAGGCCAAUGUUUUUGUAUUGAAUAAAGAGGAUAUUGUUGGGUGUCCUGAUAUGUUGAGUAUAAGUAAUCCAUAUGGUGCUAAAUCGAAUUGGCCACCAUGGUUAGGUACAGAAAUAACCCAAAAUGGCAAAUGGGCUGGAGCCAACAAUUUAUUGAUUGAAAAGCUUUCCGUUAUGACAAUGUGUUAUGAAAGUGAAAUUUUGUCAAGUAAGCUUUCUGCAAAUGCACAAGAUAUGGAGCAGGAAGAGCAAGAAAACGACAAUAGUGACAAUGCAAAACAAGCACCUCUUAGGCUUGGUAUUGAUAUGCCCUCUGUGGUGAUCACAUCUACAUCAAGCCAAUACUUUACCUUGUAUGUCAUCAUAGUGAGCUUGUUGUUUUAUAGCGAGCCUAUGAGUAAAGUUAUCCACAAGAAAAUCGAGAAGAUGAAGUUUUCUAUUGAUUUUGAAGAUUUGGGUGCUAUUACUAGCAGAUUAACAAAAAUGCAACAACAUCAUAAAUUGUUGAAAUUAUUGUUAAAUAACUACAGUUUCCGACAAGGCAAGUUAAACAAUGAGGAUCUUAAUAAUUACUUACAAGUGAAUCUUGAGCGUGGAGAAAUUGCUAGUGAUAUUUAUUUGUUGUUGCGAACAUUAUUGACAGGCGAUUUUGCUUCUGAUACUUCAAACAAUUUACUGAUGUCGUGGUUGAUUAGAGCAGAUGAAAUUAUAUUACAGAUAUUGGAGGAUGAUAGAACCCCAAUUAUGGAUCUUGCCUUGGCCCAAGGGAUGUAUACUCGGAAAGAACUUGAAAGUGGAUCCAACAUUAACAAACUUCAUAUUGGUACAAUGCGAGGGUUCAACCUUAUUGAACUGGCAAGAUACCCUGAUUUUAUUAAACCAAUAAACGAAAAUUCUUCACAAAAUUUGAUUGAAUUUUCAUGGACAAUGAACAAGUCUGUUGGUGGUAUAAAAAUUAUUGAGAAUGUAUUUGUUAAUGCGGCGCCGUUGAAUAUCAAACUUGAUGAAAUAACUGGUGACAAAUUAAUGAAAUUCAUUACUUAUUCUAAUUCAGGGAACUUGGAAGAUAGCAAAAUUAUAGCUGUCAGUAACGAAAAGAAUAAAGAUAACAUUAAAGAUAAUCUGGAAGAAGAAGAUUAUGGGUUGAUUACUGAGAAUGAGGGAAUCAACAAAGGUCCUAAAUUUGAAGAAAUGUCUCAAAGUAGCAACAUGAAAAGAAGUUUGACUAUGUUAUCGAGCAAAAAAUCAUCUUCAAGUGCAAGUGCAAGUGGAAGUGCAAGCUCCAAUGACGAAAUCAAUGACAAUGAAGAUGUUGAAAAAAUGAUUGAAAGAUCAAAAAAGUAUUUUUCAGUAGUAUCAUUGAAUGUCAAUGCAAUUUCAUUGGAAGUUACCCUUAAGCUAAAUAAAGGAUUUAAACGGAUUCUUAAUGUUAAUGAUUUUAGAAUAGACCUUCCUGAAUUCAAUAUUACAAAUGAGAUUGUGUCUUAUAGGGAUAUAAGCAAAAUGUUACAAAGUAUGAUAACAAAAAUGAUAUUGGGUCAUGUGGGAAGGUUAUUGGGAAAUAAAAUGAAAGCUAAAAAGGGGAAAUCAAAGAAAAUUAUCAAAAAACGGGAAAGAAUUCGGUCAAUAUCAGAUGUUCGAAAAGAAAUCCAUAUUUCCUCUCAAAAGGUUGAGAAUUAA